UGAUAAUGUCUGUGAUAAGUUAAACGAUGCGACGUGUCACUCACCAAAUGUCUUGAAACAUCGUCUUCGAUCCUGCCCUAUUUUGUGUUCCAUCGAAUAGUGUCUACAUCCACUCGGAAUGUAUACAAAUAUCCGAAUGUAUACAAGUCAUCUUUUUCCGUUUCCGAGAUGUCAACAGAAAUUGUUACAUACAUUCCAUAUUGGGACAAAUCUUGUAUGGAUUAUCGAUCGAAUUCCUCGGACGACCAUGUUUGCUUCGUCGAUGUAACGACUUCUGAAGCGGGUCAAAAUCUCGUAUUUGAGUGGAAAGACGAGUUUGUCUGAGUUUGCUAGGCAGGUAGGAUGGUAACAGGUCGAAUGCAAGCAUGGGAAUUCGGGGAUGCGGGAACGAGGGGGAGAUGGGAAAGGAUAAAUCUCAUUUAGUUCUCUUGAAGAUUCUGAAGGAUCGGAGAAAACGAAAGAACAGGAAAUAGGGAUGAGCUCGUCAAACGAUGGGAUCAUACUGUCGAGGUAACUCAGAUCAC